CAGCAGACGGAGAAAGAGCUCUGUUCCAAAAUUUGCUAAACAAAGAAUCCCUUUUUCUUAGCUCAAUGACGAAGCAGCACGCUAAUUGGUCUCCUUACGAUAACAAUGGAGGAACCUGUGUGGCCAUCGCUGGAUCCGAUUACUGCGUCAUCGCCGCCGAUACUCGGAUGUCUACCGGUUACAGUAUUCUAAGCCGCGAUUACUCGAAGAUCCAUAAACUAGCAGACAAGGCUGUGCUCUCCUCGUCUGGAUUUCAAGCUGAUGUGAAAGCACUUCAGAAAGUUCUCAAGUCAAGGCACUUGGUUUAUCAGCAUCAGCAUAAUAAGCAGAUGAGUUGUCCUGCAAUGGCUCAGCUUCUCUCCAACACGCUUUACUUCAAGCGGUUUUUUCCUUACUAUGCCUUUAACGUUCUCGGUGGGCUUGAUGAGGAAGGAAAAGGCUGUGUCUUUACCUAUGACGCAGUGGGAUCAUAUGAGAAGGUUGGAUACAGUGCUCAAGGUUCUGGUUCUACCCUCAUUAUGCCCUUCCUUGACAAUCAGCUCAAGAGUCCCAGCCCGCUCUUGCUUCCUGCCCAGGAUGCUAUCACACCCCUUUCUGAACCUGAAGCAGUUGACUUGGUUAAGACUGUUUUUGCGUCCGCCACUGAGAGGGAUAUCUACACUGGAGACAAGCUUGAGAUCAUGAUUCUCAAGGCGGAUGGCAUCAGGACCGAAGUCAUGGAAUUGAGGAAAGAUUAAGCGAGUGUUGGCAACACACCUUUCUAUUGUUCUUAUUCGCAUCUCAACACUAGGCUCCCUCUGUUACCUUGAACUGUGUUUGAAGUUUUCUUGUGUUGUUAACAGAUUCUCCUUCUCUUAUUUAUGACAAAACGUUCUUUUGGAAGA